AACUUAAUUUUUAAAUUAUUUUUUCUCCAUUCGGCCAUUCAAUGGAUAUUCCAGCUCCUCCAUUUGUGGUGGCUUCCUGAGAACCGUCCAUGAAAACUCUGACCCAUUGGUUGUAAGGGCAAUGGAUUUGUAGAAGAGUUCACUAAAUUCUUGAGCUCUGUUGGAAUAUAGACAAAUAUCUCUUUCUUUUUAUGUAAGUCUUUGCACACGACAUAUUUCUGCAAACAACAUAUUUCUCUAUACAGCUGGCUGAGUCAACCUUGUCUGUUUCCUGACAAGUCUCUACAAUGAAUCACUGAUGUCCGGAGACAUUUCUGAAUGGCUUCACCUCUACUGAUACUCUUCGCUUGUUCUUUGGUGUUGGGGCUCCUGACGACACUCAUUGUUAUCAUUGUGGUGUCUGUGGACAGCUGGGCUGACGUCAGCUAUGACGUCCAGAAACUAGCAGCUAUCAACAACACCUGCAGUGUCCAAAGUUGCCAGAUUGUCACAGUGCUGGAACACCCGCUUGUCUACCGCUAUGACAGUAGUAGCAAAGAAGGCAACUGGAGCACCUAUUUAUAUGCAUUACAGAGCGGGUUAUGGAGUAUAUGUAAUAGUUUGCCAGCUGAUUGGCGGAGUGAUAUUCUAAGUCGUCCACGCUCAAACUUUGCCGGUAAAGAAUGUUUCACUUUCGUCACUGACUACAACGAAGACGAGGUGGACUCGAUGUUGACGGAUGAAACCAAACAGCUCAGUCGUUUACAAAACUCGGCUGCUUCUUGUUACAUUGUUGUGUUGAUAGAUCUUAGUGCCGCCACAGUGGUGGGAGUUAUCAGCCUUGCACGUAAACAAGUGGCCUCUUCCAUGGUAACCGGCGUUCUUUAUCUAAUGGCAGCUUUGUUUGGUGUAUUUGGCCUCUCAAUGUUUCACACAAGGAAUUAUUACGAGAAGACCUUCUGCUACGCUUUAGACAAGGUUCCAUCACCCAUAUGUAAAUCGCGUGUUAUUUCCCUUGGCUAUGCUGUGGCUCUAGCCUGGGUUGGCGUGCUGCUGUGUUGUCUCUCCAGUUUCCUCUGGCUCAGCGUUUCCAAGGCGUUGAGAUUUAUCCGAUCAAAAUCAAUGUUAUAGCCUUCAGUUUGUUCACGUCUUAUUGAGUUUGAUCAAGGCAAACUAACGUCUGGUUUAUAUAGGGCUUGUAUCAAUUCACUAAGCCAGGUUGAUAUAGAAUUGAAACAAACUAAUUAUAACUCCCAUUCUCUGAUCAAGUUGAAAUAUUGCACAAUUAUUCAUUCUCUAAAUAUGCUGGGUUUUGUCCCCUUAGAUAAUUGUUGUACACUCUAUUUCUCCAACACCCAUUCUCGGAUCAAGUUGAAAUUUCAAACAAUUAUUUAAUGUACAUAAGGGAACUCGAGUCAAAUAAAAAUUUACCAAAUAGGCAAUUAAUUAUUGGUAAUUAAUUAUUUAGAUUGAUACCGAAACGAGAAAUAAAAUCUACAUUAUUGAGAAAUAUGGUUGGAAACGUGGAAUUCUACUUACUUUUAUAUUUGCCGCACUUGAAAACGAGGACAUUAAAAAAAAAAAACUGUACCCCUUUUACAAAAUUGUUAUAAUUUUGAUGUCUAUAAUGUGUCCUAUUUCUCCCUGUCAUGUACGUUUGUAGAGAGAGUUUAUUGCAUGCAACAACCAGAAGUCAGAUCUUAUCAUCGUUGUGUAAUCUUGGUCUGUUCCUUCGGAUAAAUACUAAACCCAGCCUUAAAGUACACCUCUUAAACUGUGUUAAACUAAACCUAAUUAUUUGAUGUACAAUUGUGUUAUGCUCAAGUGUUGUUAUUGUUAUGUGACGUAAACCCCGUGGGAAAAUGUUAUACUAUAGUCUUGUUCCUGAAAAUUCAUAUCAGAAUUAGAGACACUUGCCAAUGUGGAGACUGAUGAUCACAUCCUUCGUCUGCUUAGUGAACCUAGACACUCAGUAUAGACACUGAAUCUAGACACCCAGUCGAGACACUGAAUCUAGACACCCAGUCGAGACACUGAAUCUAGACACUCAGUAUAGACACUGAAUCUAGACACCCAGUCGAGACACUGAAUCUAGACACCCAGUCAAGACACUGAAUCUAGACACCCAGUCGAGACACUAACAGAUCUGAAAUCCAUUGCGAACAUCAAAUCGAAAAUACGAAUCGCUAUUGGACCUGCUCAGUGUAACAUCAUACAUCAUAGAUAUAGAGCUAGUUAUUUUACCACAUCAAUGAUACAAUAUGUAUCAGAUACAAGACUAUGUAUAGGUCCUAGGAUCUCUCUAAUGUUACAGUUCAUUACAGAUAUAAAACUAGUUAGAGUACCUUACAGUUUCCCACAAAAUAUAAUGUAAAUCAUGUCAACAGUAUUGAAAUCGAAUACUAAAUAUUUGUUCUGUUAUGAAUGUUAAGAUAUAAAAAAAUCGUAUUUAUUAUUGUAUUAAAAGUUAGUCUCGCAAUAACUCUGCUAUCAAAGAGAUUGGAAAUAAAUAAAUUCGUUGUUCUCCAAGUUUGUACAGGUCUAAAUCACUUCCUGAUCAAACAUAUUCAAUUGUGCACAUUCUACAAUUCAUGAAGAGAUAUCAUUCACCUGUAGGACUAAUACAAACAUGUUUAUCCUAAAAAUAAUGAGCUUAGUAAUGAAAUGUCCUUUCAUUGAUGUCAAUAAACGAAUUUGUUAAUACACAAAAUAGUGAUUUUAUCUUUA